GGGAAAAAUCAGUAUUGGCAGAAUUGUCAGCUGGUGGUGUAUAGAAAUAGUUGGAUGAGCAAGUGGACUUGGGAUUGUGUGAAAUUGAGUAAUUUAUGGAAAAUUUAUUAACUACAACUUAAUUAAUUGAGGCUAAACAUUCGCAGGAGCUUUAAAAGUUGUGCAAGAAUACUUCGCGUGCUUUGGACACUACCUUACAAAUGACAAAACUAUAGAGGUACUAUAAUUUUCCAAAAUUAGAACACUUGAGAAACGAAUGAUUGGAAUUGAGGUGAAUGUGUAAAUAGUGGUGCUGGUGCUAAUUCCCUGUGUGAUUUCACAAGAAAUAAAUUGUGUGCAUAGAACAACGCAAUUAAUUAGCGAUUCAGCAAAAAAAAAAGAAACGAAUAUCAAUUGUGCAAUUUCAACAACAAACAGAUCAGCAAACUAAAUCCAACAACAACGGCAGGGUUUAACUGAGGCACGUGCUGAGAAAUCGGUUGCUGUAGCUGUUGUUUUGUGUCGGGAUCACCAACUCAUUGCACCGAUUUCUCAACUACAACGGAGGCGGCAGCGACAGCGGCAUAGAUACUUUCAAGCGUUCGUCAACAACACACACAAUCCGAAGCCGAACACAAUAACGGCUGGUCCAGCGCACACUUCUUGGCUGCAUACAUUUGCAGAGCGCUUGUUUGCGUGUACAAGGCUAGGCGUCCUUGACAUUUGCUGCAGACGGUGACGGUUGAAACUAAAUUGAAGUUGUUGUAAGAUGUCCUCACCCAGCGCUGGUAAGCGACGCAUGGACAAUGACGUCAUCAAGCUAAUUGAAUCCAAACACGAAGUGACCAUUUUGGGUGGCCUCAAUGAGUUUCAUGUGAAAUUCUUCGGACCACAUGGCACCCCAUAUGAGGGUGGCGUAUGGAAGGUGCGCGUCUACCUGCCCGACAAUUAUCCCUUCAAAUCGCCAAGCAUAGGGUUCGUGAAUAAAAUCUACCAUCCGAAUAUCGACGAAUCGUCCGGCACUGUGUGCCUGGACGUGAUCAAUCAGGCUUGGACAGCACUCUAUGAUCUCUCAAAUAUAUUCGAAUCAUUUCUACCACAAUUGCUGACAUAUCCGAAUCCGGUUGAUCCGCUGAAUCGUGACGCAGCGGCGUUGUACUUGCACGAACCGGAGGAGUACCAUCGCAAAGUGGCCGACUAUGUGCAACGCUAUGCCACCGAGGAGGCGUUGCGUGCGGCGCAACAGGAGCGUGAGAGCAGUGACAGUGAGUCGAGCAUGUCGGAUUAUAGUGAAGACGAGGCCCGUGAUAUGGAAUUAUAAUAUCGGUUUAUGGUUAAGCUAAUUAUAUGAAUUUGAAUUAACAUUUAUAAAAAAAAAAACAGAAAUACAAAUACAAGAAAGCAAAAAAUAAGAAACAAGAAAACAAAAAAAAACAAAAAACA